AUGGCCAUAGGAGGAACCAUUGGGACCGCCAUCUUCAUCAGCAUCGGCAACGCCCUCGCCGCUGGCGGUCCGGGGAGCUUGUUGAUCGCGUAUUUCCUCUACACGAUGGUCCUGAUCUGCAUCAACAACUGCACCGCCGAAAUGACGGUUCAACAUCCCGUGUCGGGAGGUUUCAUCCGUCUCGCCGGUAAAUGGGUCGACGACGCACUAGGAUUCAUGGUUGGGUGGAACUUUUUCAUCUACGAGGCGCUCCUGAUCCCCUUUGAGAUCACCGCUCUCAGCCUGGUGAUACAAUUCUGGACCGACAAGAUUCCGGUUGCGGCAAUUUGUGUCAUCUGCAUCGUCUGCUAUGGGGCUAUCAACAUUCUGGCGGUCCGGGUCUACGGAGAAGCCGAGUUCUGGCUGUGUAGCGGCAAAGUGCUCCUGCUUCUCAUGAUGUUCUUCUUCACCUUCAUUACCAUGGUCGGCGGCAACCCGCAAGGCAAUGCGUACGGAUUCCACAGCUGGAAUGUCGCCGGUGCCUUUGCCGAGCAUCGCACGACCGGCGCGUUGGGCCGCUUCGAGGGCUUCCUCACCUGUCUGUGGUCCGCGUCCUUUACGAUUGUCGGGCCCGAGUACGUGUCGAUGGCGGCGGCGGAGGCGAAGCGACCGCGCAUCAUCGUCAAGAACGCCUUCAAGACCAUCUACUGGCGCUACUUCUGCUUCUUCGUUCUCGGCGCGCUCUGUGUCGGGAUCGUGUCCGGCGCCGCGGCGUCGCCGUACGUUAUCGCCAUGACGAACAUGGGCAUCGGCGUCCUGCCUCACAUCGUCACGGCGCUGAUCUUGACCUCCAUCUUCUCGGCCGGGAACACCCUCACCUACUGCGGGGCGCGCUCUCUCUACGGUCUGGCCCUGGAAGGACGUGCGCCUGCGAUCCUGCGCCGGACCACCAAAUCGGGCGUCCCCAUCUACGCACUCGCCGUCACCAUGUGCUUCCCUUUCCUCUCCUUUCUGCAAACAUCCAACAGCUCCGCGAUCGUCAUGACCUGGCUGAUCGCCCUGAUCACCGCGGGAGCCCUGAUCGACUAUCUCGUCAUGUGCAUCACUUUCCUCUGCUACCACCGCGCCUGCAAGGUCCAGGGUCUCGACCGUAGAACCCUGCCGUAUCGCGGCUGGUUCCAGCCCUACUGUGCCUGGAUUGGCGUUUUCGCCAUGGUCACUGUCCUUUUGUUCUACGGGUACACGGCCUUUUCUCCCCCGACGGUCGCCGGGUUUUUUCAAAACUACACCAUGCAGCUCGUCGCCCCGAUCCUCUACGUCGGCUGGAAACUCUUCAAGGGUACCAAGAUCCUCGGGCCCGAGGAAGUCGAUCUGGUCUGGGAAAGUAGGGUUAUCGACGUGUACGAGGAAGCCUUCCAAGGCGAGGUCGUUGGCUUCUGGACCGAUAUUGCGCAGAUCUUCGGGUUGAGGAGACAUAAGAAGAAUAGCCAGAAGGAUUGA